GGCUGCGAGGCCGAGCGCGGAAGGCGGAGGGGUGGGGAUCUUGGGUGGGCUGCCCCCUCCGCCCUGACCCGUUCCACGCCCCGCGGAAAGCGGGCGCUGCCAGUCGAAUCGCUCCCCUUUCAGGAGGGAAGGGGGAUCAAGGUAACUAGCCCCUUUCUGCUUAAAAAAGCCAAAGGAGAUCGUGGGUAGCUUCGCAGCCGCUCCGUCCCACUCCUGGACCAUGCACCCCUGCAUCUUCCUGCUCGGCCACGGGCGAGGACUUGAUUUCUUGAGCUGAGAGCUAAACCUCGUCGACUUUUCUUCUCCCCAACAACUGAAUCAUGCCAUGUGCCCAGAGGAGCUGGCUUGCAAACCUCUCCGUUGUAGCUCACCUCCUUAACUUUGGGGCCCUUUGCUAUGGGACACAAGCUCAGCCAGGCCCGGUGCACUUCCCGGACAGGAGGCAAGCGCAUUUUGUCAAGGCCCUGCCAGAAUAUCACGUGGUGGCUCCUGUCCGCGUAGAUGCCAGUGGGCAUUUUCUAUCACAUGGCCUGCGCCAUCCCAUCACCAGCGACAGGAGGAAGAGAGAUUUGGAUGGCCCAGAGGAUCGGGUGUACUAUAGAAUUUCCCACGAGGAGAAGGACCUGUUCUUCAACUUGUCAGUCAAUCAGGGAUUUCUUUCCAAAAGCUAUAUCGUGGAGAGGAGAUACGGAAAUCUUUCCCGUGUUAAGAUGGUGGCUUCCUCGGCACCCCCCUGCCAUCUCAGGGGCACAGUUCUGCAACAGGGCAUCAGAAUCGGGGUUGCAGCACUCAGUGCCUGCCAGGGACUGACUGGAUUUUUCCAUCUACCGCAUGGAGACUUCUUCAUUGAGCCUGUCAAAAAGCAUCCACUGACUGAGGGAGAGUACCACCCACACAUCAUUUACAGGAGGCAGAGUCAGAGAGCUCCAGAGCAGAAGGAACCAACCUGUGGAUUAAAGGACAGUCUUGCCACCUCCCAGACACUAGAGCAACAGCGAGAAAAGUGGGAGAGGAACCACUGGCCUAGCAGAGGCCUGUCUCGGCGUUCCAUCAGUAAAGAGCGAUGGGUGGAGACACUGGUGGUGGCUGACACGAAGAUGAUUGAGUAUCAUGGGAGUGACAAUGUGGAGUCCUAUAUCCUCACCAUCAUGAACAUGGUCACUGGGUUGUUCCAUAACCCAAGUAUUGGCAAUGCAAUUCACAUUGUUGUGGUUCGGCUCAUUCUACUUGAAGAAGAAGAGCAAGGAUUGAAAAUAGUUCACCAUGCAGAGAAGACACUGUCCAGCUUCUGUAAGUGGCAGAAGAGCAUCAAUCCCAAGAGUGACCUUAACCCUGCCCAUCAUGACGUGGCCGUCCUCCUCACCAGAAAAGACAUCUGUGCUAGUGUCAAUCGCCCCUGUGAGACUUUGGGUCUCUCCCACCUGUCAGGAAUGUGCCAGCCUCACCGGAGCUGUAACAUCAAUGAAGACUCUGGACUCCCUCUGGCUUUCACAAUUGCCCAUGAGCUCGGACACAGCUUUGGCAUCCAGCAUGACGGGAAGGAAAAUGACUGUGAGCCCGUGGGCAGGCACCCAUACAUCAUGUCCCGCCAGCUCCAGUACAAUCCCACCCCACUGACGUGGUCCAAGUGCAGCAAGGAGUAUAUCACCCGCUUCCUGGAUCGAGGCUGGGGGUUCUGUCUCGAUGACAUGCCCCAGAAGAAAGGCUUGAAGUCCAAGGUCAUUGCUCCUGGAGUGAUCUAUGAUGUUCAUCAUCAAUGCCAGCUGCAGUAUGGCCCCAAUGCCACCUUCUGCCAGGAAGUAGAAAAUGUCUGCCAGACUCUGUGGUGCUCAGUGAAAGGCUUUUGUCGCUCUAAGCUGGACGCUGCUGCAGAUGGGACACGAUGUGGUGAGAAGAAGUGGUGUAUGGCUGGCAAAUGUAUCACAGUGGGGAAGAAACCAGAGAGCAUUGCUGGAGGCUGGGGCCGCUGGUCACCCUGGUCCCACUGUUCUAGGACCUGUGGGGCCGGAGCCCAGAGUGCAGAGAGGCUCUGCAAUAACCCUGAACCAAAGUUUGGAGGGAAGUACUGCACCGGAGAAAGAAAACGCUAUCGCUUGUGCAACGUCCACCCCUGUCGCCCAGAUGCACCAACAUUUCGGCAGAUGCAAUGCAGUGAGUUUGACACCGUUCCCUACAAGAAUGAAUUCUACCACUGGUUUCCAGUUUUUAAUCCAGCACAUCCUUGUGAGCUCUACUGCCGACCCAUAGAUGGCCAGUUUUCCGAGAAAAUGCUGGAUGCUGUCAUUGAUGGUACCCCUUGCUUUGAAGGCGGCAACAGCAGAAAUGUCUGUAUUAAUGGCAUAUGUAAGAUGGUCGGCUGUGACUAUGAGAUCGACUCCAAUGCCACGGAGGAUCGCUGCGGUGUGUGCCUUGGGGAUGGCUCUGCCUGCCAGACUGUGAAGAAGAUGUUUAAACAGAAAGAAGGAUCUGGUUAUGUUGACAUUGGACUGAUUCCAAAAGGAGCAAGGGACAUAAGGGUAAUGGAGGUUGAAGGAGCUGGAAACUUUUUGGCCAUCAGGAGUGAAGACCCCAAAAAAUAUUACCUCAAUGGAGGAUUUAUUAUCCAGUGGAAUGGAAACUACAAGCUGGCAGGGACCGUCUUCCAAUAUGACAGGAAAGGAGACCUGGAGAAACUGAUGGCCACAGGUCCUACCAAUGAGUCAGUGUGGAUCCAGCUUCUGUUCCAGGUGACUAACCCUGGCAUCAAAUACGAGUAUACAAUCCGGAAAGACGGCCUUGACAAUGACGUGGAAAAACUGGUGUACUUCUGGCAGUAUGGCCACUGGACAGAGUGCAGUGUAACAUGUGGGACAGGUAUCCGCCGCCAGACUGCCCGUUGUGUGAAGAAGGGCCACGGGAUGGUGAAAGCUACCUUUUGUGACCCAGAAACACAGCCCAAUGGGAGACAGAAGAAGUGCUAUGAAAAGGACUGUCCACCCAGGUGGUGGGCCGGGGAGUGGGAAGCAUGCUCAGCAACAUGUGGGCCCCACGGAGAGAAGAAGCGAACGGUGCUGUGCGUCCAGACCAUGGGCUCUGAUGAGCAGGCUCUUCCAGCUAAAGACUGCCAGCACCUGCUGAAGCCCAAGACCCUCAUUUCCUGCAACAGAGACAUCUUGUGUCCAUCAGACUGGACAGUAGGCAACUGGAGUGAGUGUUCUGUUUCCUGUGGUGGUGGAGUGCGGAUUCGCAGUGUCACAUGCGCCAAGAACCAUGAUGAACCUUGUGACGCAACAAGGAAACCCAAUAGCCGGGCUCUUUGUGGCCUCCAGCAAUGCCCAUCUAGCCGAAGAGUUCUGAAGCCCAACAAAGGCACAAUUUCCAGUGGGAGAAAGCCACCAACAUCUGGGCAGGACCCCUUAAAGCCCAUCCCUCCAACCACGUCCAGUCCCAAAACACUGAGCACACCCACAGUGCCCCAGUCUGUGAGUACAAGUGCCCUGGCCAUCAGCAGCCCCGGUCCUACCCCAGAUCCCAAAGAAGGAGACCUGGAUGGGAAAUGGUGGCAGAACAGUUCAAACCAAACUGAACUGGGCUCCAAUUAUGUCAUUUCCACUGGAAGUACUUCCCAGCCCAUCAUCACUUCCUGGCCUUUGAGUGUCCAGCCAAAUGAAGAGAAUGUUCCCAAUUCAGACACUGGUCCUACCUCAGAGGGAGACUUUUUAACCACGACAAUGAGUGGUUCUGAUUUGCCAUCUUCCAGCAGCCCUGUGACUUGGCAGGUGACUCCAUUUUAUGAUACCUUGACCAAAGAGCCAGAAAUGGAGAUUCACAGUGGCUCAGGGGAAGACAUUGAACAAGCUAAGGACAAAAAUGAAAACAACUCCAUAACGUGGACCAAAAUCAGAGUACCUGGAAAUGAUGCUUCAGUGGUGCAAAGCACAGAAAUGCCCCUUGGAUCCCCACCAACACCUUAUUUCAGGGGGCCGUCCAUGUGGCCACCCUUCAGCACGGUCAUGGAAGGACUGCUACCCAGCCAAAGGCCUGCUACUCUCAAAAAUGGUGCACCUGGAGCUGAGGGGAUGUUCACUGAAAAGCCAGCAAACACUCCAUUCCCUCUGGGAGGAGACCACCAGCCAGGACCCUCAGAACGUUCCAUAAACCAUGACCCCCCAGAACUCCCAAGCAGCGUGAAUCUGACGCAGAGUUCUGGACCAGUCCUGACUGAGGAAGAUGCAAAAAGUCUGAUAGCUGAGGGGUUUUUGCUAAAUGCUUCCAAUUACAAGCAGGUGUCCACGAGCAGCAGCCCUGCAUACUGGGUUGUUGGAAACUGGAGUGAGUGUUCCACCACCUGUGGGCUGGGGGCCUACUGGAGAAGCGUGGAAUGCAGCACCCAGAGGGAUUCCGACUGUGCUGCCCUUCAGAGGCCUGACCCUGCCAAGAGAUGCCACCUUCGUCCCUGCGCCAGCUGGAAAGUAGGGAACUGGAGCAAGUGCUCCAGAAACUGCAGCGGGGGCUUCCAGAUCCGGGAGAUUCAAUGUGUGGACAGCCGGGACCACCGGAGCCUGAGGCCAUUUCACUGCCAGUUCCUGGCCGGCAUUCCUCCCCCGCUGAGCAUGAGCUGUAACAUGGAGCCCUGUGAGGAGUGGCAGGUGGAGCCCUGGAGCCAGUGUUCCAGGUCCUGUGGAGGUGGAGUUCAGGAGAGAGGAGUGAUUUGUCUAGGAGGUCUCUGUGACUGGACGAAAAGGCCCACAUCCACCGCACCCUGCAACAGCCAUCCUUGUUGUCACUGGGCCACUGGGAACUGGGACCUGUGCACUGCUUCCUGUGGAGGGGGCUUUCAGAAGAGGACUGUGCAUUGUGUCUCCUCAGAAGACAACACAACUGAAGACCGAUGCGUGUGUGAUCACGCAGCCAGACCUCCAGAAGUCCAGAAGUGCAGCCUGCAGGCCUGCAAGAAGAGUGCUGAUUUACUUUGCACCAAGGACAAGUUAUCAGCCAGUUUCUGCCAAACACUAAAAACCAUGAAGAAAUGCUCUGUGCCCACUGUGAGGGCUCAGUGCUGCCUUUCAUGUCCCCAGACACACAUCGUCCACACCCAAAGGCCAAGAAAGCCACAGUCGCUCAAAAACCCCAAAGCGGUCUAGUCCAGAAGGAAGCCACCCUCCACCACAGACUGCAGCAACCUGCUGAUGGUAGACUUUCUAGACCCAGGGACCACUGCACUGAGGUUUCUCAGGCCCAACUUCGGCUCAAAACAAAAUCCACUGUGUUUUUUAGCCACAAAACAUCCUUGCAAAAGGCAUGGGACUGUGAUAGCUUGCUGUUCCCUGACAGGCAGGUGAGAUAUCCAGGAGAGUCAGGCAUCUCCUGGGAUUGGCUCCCAGGAAAGGUGCCAGAUUAGCUAAGUCAGUGACAUGAUGUCUUUCCCCUCCAUAAAAAUAAAAACAAAGACACCAGGAUUUUCCCAGACUACCUCAGGAGUAUCAAGAAACAGAACCAGAUGUAUCCAGGUAACAAAUAAUCUUGUUAAUUUACUUAGGUGAAACCAUCCUUUUUUUCCUUCCUGCUUGGGGAAGCUGUUGUUGAAUACGUCAUGGGAGAGAGCUUUCAGGAACAUUCCUUUACUUCACCCAGGCAGAGGACCACUUUGUUCAGCCAGUACUCACCGGAGUCAGGGAGAGAAAGUGCUGGCUAUAUCACUCCGUCUACAUCACUGUAGACUCCAUAUGUGGGCUGUUUAGACUCCCUUGCGUGCCUGGAGAUAUAAGAAGAAGAGAAAAUGGGCAGAAACUAUAAGAUUUGUAAAGGUAAAAGAUUUAGCUUAAUUAUACAGAAGACAUUUCUGACUCAAGGAUAAUUUCUAUGAAAACUCUUAAAAAGCAAACGAGCAGAAAUCAAAUUCUUGCUAGUAUAAGAAAAGAAACAUGGAUCUUUAUUCUUCCCCCUUUCCUGGCAAAUACGUUUCCUUUGCAGAAGAGUAGAUGAGUCUUCCUGUCUGACGUUUCCUCUCUAGCACAUCCCCUGCCUGAGUCAUCAGUUCAGGUCCAGCUGUGUUUCCACUGCUGGGGGUUUACACACAACAGCUACUCUAGCCAGGUCUGUGGCUGCAACACACACCUGCCUACCCCCAGGACAGAAAAUGGUGCUCAAGAUUAAAAUAUUUCAAAGAACCAGGUAAACUGUAUUAAGUACAAGAACUUGGAACGCACCUCUAGUCUUGAAAAAAAAAAAACAAAACUCAAAAGUGAGGUUAAGUACACCCAGUACACCCAGUAGUUAGUUUUAAGGUCUGUUUCCCGGGAUGGAACAGUCAGGAGAGACCCAAAAAGUGAAAUGAAUGCUGGAAUGCUUAUUCUGGACGUUCUCACCACCAAUCAGGAGGCUGUGGUCUCAAAUACAAGG